AUGAAGUUUUACGAUAUCUCAGAUAAUCUGUUGACUGGAGUUAUUCCCAGGCAAAUUUGCAAUGCAAAGUCUCUAAUUUCCCUUGAUUUGUCUGGCAACAACAUGACCGGACAGAUACCAGAUUGCGUGGGUCAGCUUGGUGAAUCUCUACAGCUUCUGAACCUGCGAGGUCAUUUACCAUCAAGGUACUUUCAAAAUUGGCAUGCAAUGAGAGAUUCAGAAGAAGAACAAUCAGGUUCAUACAAUACUCUGAUUACUUUCUACUUUAAGGUGGGAACAGAUUUAGUAAUUUCUGAACAGAAUUUCGAGUACUCGAUCACCAUAACAAACAAAGGCAACGAAAUUCUUUACCCAAAGGUUCUUAAAGUCUUUAGGGUCAUUGAUUUAUCAAGUAAUAGCUUCACGGGCAGGAUACCAGAUGUCGUUGGGGAUCUCAAGGGGCUUCAAGCACUCAACUUGUCCAACAAUAAUCUUGAAGGUAGAAUUCCACCCUCUCUAGCCAACAUAACAGACCUUGAAUCACUAGAUCUUUCUCUUAACAAACUCUCUGGUGCAAUUCCUCCAGCACUAUCACAAUUGACAUCACUAGAGGUGUUCAACAUUUCCAAUAAUGAACAUCUCAUGGGCCCAGUACCACAAGGAAACCAAUUCAAUACCUUUGAUGAUACCUCAUUCCAAGGGAACCCCGGGUUGUGUGGAAAUUUAUUAUCCAAGAAGUGUGUAAAUGAAGAUGUGCCACUGCCACCGCCAACAGUGAAUAUUGAAGAGAGCAAUGACGAUUCUGAGUUAAUUGAUUGGGUCAUCAGAUCACUGGGUUGUAUCAGUGGGACCAUAGUUGGCUUUGUAGUUGGGAAAAUCUACAUCACUGACAAGUACCAUGAAUGGUUUAUGGACACCUUCGGAAGGAGGAGGCCAACUAGGAGAGUUAGGAGAGCAUAA